CCAUCAUCAUCAUCAUCAUCAUCAUCACUGUCCCUCGUCGUCCUGUUAUAACAGCGUGGAAAAUACGCCGCCCUGAUAUCUGGCGCCGCUAACAGCUCACCCUUGCUUGCAGCAUUUAACCCCUCCCCCGCCUCCGAAUCACGUCAAAAUGGUCAAAGCAGUUGUCGCUGGUGCCUCUGGCGGUAUUGGGCAGCCACUGUCCCUGCUCCUGAAGCUCUGCCCCCUGAUCGAUGAGCUCUCCCUGUACGAUGUUGUCAACACCCCGGGAGUUGCGGCCGACCUGUCGCAUAUCUCUUCGAACGCGAAAGUUACUGGCUACCUCCCAGCCAACGAUGGCGCCAAGGCUGCCUUCAAGGAUGCCGAUAUCAUUGUCAUCCCUGCCGGGAUUCCCCGCAAGCCUGGCAUGACCCGUGAUGAUCUCUUCAACAUCAACGCUGGCAUUGUCAAGGGCCUCAUCGAGGUCGCCGCCGAGGUCGCCCCCAAGGCCUUCAUCCUCGUCAUCUCGAACCCUGUGAACUCGACGGUUCCUAUUGCCGCCGAGGUUCUCAAGGCCAAGGGCGUCUUCAACGCCCAGCGCCUCUUUGGCGUCACCACCCUCGACAUUGUCCGCGCUGAGACCUUCGUCGCUGAGAUCGUCGGCAAGGCCAACCCUCAGGAGCUGACCGUCCCCGUCAUCGGCGGACACUCCGGCGAGACCAUUGUCCCGCUCUUCAGCCAGGUCUCCCCAUCGGUCACUAUCCCUGAUGACAAGUACGAGGCUCUUGUCAAGCGUGUCCAGUUCGGCGGUGAUGAGGUCGUCAAGGCCAAGGAUGGUGCGGGCUCCGCUACGCUCUCCAUGGCUUAUGCUGGCUACCGGUUCACCGAGAAAUUGCUCAAGGCCGUAAAGGGUGCCAAGGGCCUCGUUGAGCCCAGCUAUGUCUAUCUCCCUGGUGUUCCCGGAGGCAAGGAGAUCGCCGAGAAGACUGGCGUCGACUUCUUCUCCGUCCCCAUCGAGCUUGGACCCAACGGAGCCGAAAAGGCCACCAAUGUCUUAUCGGACAUUUCCGCCAAGGAGAAGACGCUGCUGGAUGCGGCUAUCGCGGGCCUGAAGGGGAACAUCGAGAAGGGAGUCGCCUUCGCCCACAACCCACCGCAAAAGCUGUGAGGGUGAAUCCCGAUUCUUCAUGGGGAGGGAGAAUGGGUGGCCGUGGCCGUGAGAUAAAUGUCCGAUCCAGGAAGCUCAGUUUGACGACGACCUGGACAUGACGGGUUGAGGGGAUUUUGGGAGGGGAAGGGGGUAGGGAUUUGAACGGAACGAAAACGGAUAUCUCAACUGAUAGAUCAACGACGCAUUUGGAACACAUAUGGAAUUCCGGGUAUACAUAAACUCGACGCAAUAGUGAACCCCCAAACGCCAUGUGCCUCC